GGAUUUGGAAAAACUAAGUUCGUGAUAACCACCAAUCAUUCAAUCGAGCUUACGGGUUCUCACAAACUGGAACAUUGUAUUGUGUACUAGUUGUCAAAGUGAUUGAUGGUUUUCUACUAGCAUCUUUAAAAAAAUAGAAAGAGACUGCCACUCUUAAAUGGAUCUAAUUCGCCGCUUUACAAUUGCAUUUAAAGGAUGAGUGAUCUUUUUGGCAGCCAAGACAAUUUUGAGGAGAGAGUCACACACACACAAGAUAAAAGAAGAUGCAGCGUGAGAAAGAUAACAAAAAAGAUUGUUGCAAGGUCAUUCCUCAACCUGUUAAGGAUUUCAUCAGAUGUCUGAGAUUCAGACGUUCGUCUUCUUCUUCUUCAGACAUGGCGAAAACUAAACCAAGAAAAAAUGAGGAGAAAUUAGAAGAUUCAUCUAUUGAAACUACAACGAGGGGUAUCAAGCUAAUGGGUAGAAGGAUAAGGAAGCAACCGGUUAGCUCAGGAAAACGAGGUGGAGUUAACAACUACGACAUGUAGCUAAGAGUCUUCUUUAUGUAGAACUGGAUCAUCUUGUUUAGUUGUUUACUCUCUAAACAAAACUUGUUUUACUUCUCAAAGAAAAAUGAUGUCAGUGUUAUAUAAUUCCAUAUUCAAUCAAAA